AUGCCUCAAGACAGCGAAAGCUCCGAAAAAAGCAACAAAAAGACUACGCGCCGCACACGGAAAUCCGACAAAGCGAAAAAAGACAAAGAAACUGUUGAAAAGAAGCCCAAGAAAGAGGUGGAGCACAAAUCGCGCAAAUCGACGAAACGGGAAUCGACCAUUGAGGAAUAUGAACUCCAAGAUGUGUAUCAAGAGAUCGUCCCACUUACACAUCAAAAGAAAAGUAUAUUGUCAGAAGAUUAUGCUCAGCGGAUAGCUGUGCCACCACUGAAUGAAGAUAAGCUUGUUAAAUUACCAAAGGGGUUAAUCACUAUAGAACUUCCCGAGUUCCAAAAAGUCGACGAGAAGGACAUGUCGGAGGAAUCGCAGAAGGACGAUAUCCUUUCGAGUGAUGAAGAAACGGAAGACGAGACGUACUUUAAACUUCAUGCAGAGAUGGAAUCACAAGAAAGACUCCGUUUCAUUAAAGUGAUUCAAUCCCUUGCACCGACAACAAAACACGGCGUAGCAGAACAACAAAGUGUGUGUGAUAAAUACUACACAAUGACAAAAACAGAUGAACUCCUCCCCUCUUACCACUCUACUAUUGUACUGAAACAACCAAUUAACUAUUUGGACUGUUAUGAGUACAAUCAUUGUACUAAUCACGUACAACCGGGGGUUGAGAAAUACAUUCACCCACCGUCUAUCCCUCUUUUAAAAGGAAAUUGGCAUGUUACUAUUCAAGGCGAUAGUGGUUCGACUUUGUUAAUUAAAAAAAUAGAAUAA